CGGUUCGUUGGUCGGAAAGCCCUCACAAGCGCGUGGAUUCUCGGCACCGCACAGCACGGGGCGUCUGCUCUUGACUCAUUCAACGAAAGAUGGCUAAAGUGGCGUGGUUGCUGGCUGCGGUGGUGUUGGUCGGGGUGGCUGUGGGUCAGGCUGCCCACCUGUCGGCCAGCGGAAAGGUGACGUUGCAAGUGUUCUAUGAGGCGCUGUGCAAAGACUCCAUCCGCUUCGUUAAGGAUCAGCUGAAGCCGACCUAUGAAGCAGUAGGAUCGGAACGAAUGGUGGUGGACUUCGUGCCGUACGGCCGAGCGAGGACCACCCCUUCGGCCACCGGUUACACGUUCGAGUGUGAACAUGGGCCAAACGAAUGUCGGGGCAACGAGCUGCAAGCGUGCGGGCUGGCCCGGCUAACGGACAACAUGAAGCAGGUCAAGUUCGUCUACUGCGUUGAGACCCAGACCGACCCUUCGAGGCCAGACAAUACGUGCAUUACCGAGGCGGGCCUUGACCCGAACGACAUCAAUGGCUGCACCGACGGCACGGAGGGCCAGAAACUACUGGCCCAGUUGGGCUACAAGACUCCUAUUCCUAACCUAUACCCCAACCAUCGUCUUCAACGGGGAAUACAACAAGAAGGACCAGGACUUGGGGGAGAAAAACCUGCUCUCCGUGGUCUGCGACAAGCUAGGCUCCGAGAACAGUCCAGCCGCAUGCAAAAGUUCUUCCUCUUCCUCAACAUCCCUCAGAAGUGCAAUGCUGGUGUCGCUUUCAAGCAUUAUUUUGACCGCCUUCAUCAGGUGAUGACGGUCUUCCAAUUCUGCGGACGUGAAAUGCAGCUAAGAAUCCUGCUGUUAGCCCUGUGAUCGCCAGAGCCCAUCGCCAAGCCUGAAGCAAUUUAGGAAAAGAAGAAUGGCAUACAUUAACGUACAUGACGCAAUAAAAGAAGUCAAACAUUCACUCUCA